CUCUCUCUCUCUGUCCGUCCCCCUCUCUCUCUCUCUCUGUCCGUCCCCCUCUCUCUCUCUCUCUGUCCGUCCCCCUCUCUCUCUCUCUCUGUCCGUCCCCCUCUCUCUCUCUCUCUGUCCGUCCCCCUCUCUCUCUCUCUCUGUCCGUCCCCCUCUCUCUCUCUGUCCGUCCCCCUCUCUCUCUCUGUCCGUCCCCCUCUCUCUCUCUGUCCGUCCCCCUCUCUCUCUCUGUCCGUCCCCCUCUCUCUCUCUGUCCGUCCCCCUCUCUCUCUCUGUCCGUCCCCCUCUCUCUCUCUGUCCGUCCCUCUCUCUCUCUUUGUCCGUCCCUCUCUUUCUCUCUCUCUCUCUCUCUCUCUCUCUCUCUCUCUCUCUCUCUCCAGAGGUAUCAGUCUCUCUCUCUCUCUCUCUCUCCAGAGGUAUCAGUCUCUCUCCAGAGGUAUCAGUCUCUCUCUCUCUCCAGAGGUAUCAGUCUCUCUCUCUCUCUCUCUCUCCAGAGGUAUCAGUCUCUCUCCAGAGGUAUCAGUCUCUCUCUCUCUCCAGAGGUAUCAGUCUCUCUCUCUCUCUCUCUCUCUCCAGAGGUAUCAGUCUCUCUCUCUCUCCAGAGGUAUCAGUCUCUCUCCAGAGGUAUCAGUCUCUCUCUCUCUCUCUCUCUCUCCAGAGGUAUCAGUCUCUCUCUCUCUCUCUCUCUCUCUCCAGAGGUAUCAGUCUCUCUCUCUCUCUCUCUCCAGAGGUAUCAGUCUCUCUCUCUCUCCAGAGGUAUCAGUCUCUCUCUCUCUCUCCAGAGGUAUCAGUCUCUCUCUCUCUCUCCAGAGGUAUCAGUCUCUCUCUCUCUCUCCAGAGGUAUCAGUCUCUCUCUCUCUCUCCAGAGGUAUCAGUCUCUCUCUCUCUCUCUCUCUCUCUCUCUCUCUCUCUCUCUCUCCAGAGGUAUCAGUCUCUCUCUCUCUCUCUCUCUCUCUCUCUCUCUCCAGAGGUAUCAGUCUCUCUCUCUCUCUCUCUCUCUCUCUCUCUCUCUCUCCAGAGGUAUCAGUCUCUCUCUCUCUCUCUCUCUCUCUCUCUCUCCAGAGGUAUCAGUCUCUCUCUCUCUCUCUCUCUCUCUCUCUCUCUCUCCAGAGUUAUCAGUCUCUCUCUCUCUCUCUCUCUCUCUCUCCAGAGGUAUCAGUCUCUCUCUCUCUCUCUCUCUCUCUCUCUCUCUCCAGAGGUAUCAGUCUCUCUCUCUCCAGAGGUAUCAGUCUCUCUCUCUCUCUCUCUCCAGAGGUAUCAGUCUCUCUCUCUCCAGAGGUAUCAGUCUCUCUCUCUCUCUCUCUCUCUCUCUCUCUCUCUCUCCAGAGUUAUCAGUCUCUCUCUCUCUCUCUCUCUCCAGAGGUAUCAGUCUCUCUCUCUCUCUCUCUCUCUCUCUCUCCAGAGGUAUCAGUCUCUCUCUCUCCAGAGGUAUCAGUCUGUCUCUCUCUCUCUCUCUCCAGAGGUAUCAGUCUCUCUCUCUCUCUCUCUCUCUCUCUCUCUCUCUCUCUCCAGAGGUAUCAGUCUCUCUCUCUCUCUCUCCAGAGGUAUCAGUCUCUCUCCAGUAUCAGUGUAUCUUCAGACUUACCCAGCAUCGUUGUCCGUCCUCUUCAGUCCUUUGGAGAUGUGAGUCAGACUGUGUCUGAACUGAGAGAGAAACUAGAAGACUUCCUUAAAGGAGAAUGGACCAAGAUCUCCACUACAGUGAAUAUAGUGGAUGUUGUACUGCCUCCAGAGCCCAAGACCAGAGAACAGUUGUUACAAUAUUCCUGUCAGCUCACACUGGACCCAAACACAGCACACACACUCCUCUCUCUGUCUGAAGGGAACAGAAAGGUGACCUGUACAGACCAAGUCCAACCAUAUCCUGUCCAUCCAGACAGAUUCACCUCCUGGUGGCAGGUUCUGUGUAGAGAGGGUCUGUCUGGACGCUGUUACUGGGAGGUGGAGAGGACUGGUGGUGUUGCUACAGCAGUCUCAUAUAAAGACAUCAGCAGAACAGAGAGAGAUGGUGGAUUUGGAGACAAUAACAAGUCCUGGAGUUUAUAUUACGAUAGUGAUGGUUAUUGUUUCAGACACAAUAAUGUUGUGACUAAAGUAUCAGGCCCUCAGUCCUCCAGAGUAGGAGUGUACCUGGAUCACAAGGCAGGUACUCUGUCCUUCUACAGUGUCUCUGACACAAUGACCCUCCUCCACAGAGUCCAGACCACAUUCACUCAGCCCCUCUAUCCUGGGUUUAGGCUCUAUUAUUAUAAUGAUACUGCUGAGCUGGUUAAACUGUAAACUGAUUUGUUAUUAAUUAAAAUUCAAUCCAAAGUUUUAA